GGAGCAAGAAGAUGGAGCGAAGGUGGUGAGUGUAGACAACGUGAACAACCCAUAUAGGAACCAGUCGAACUUCGACAAGAGGUUCAAGCUGACACUGAACAAGCUAUACGCAUGGAGCUUGGUAGACUACGACAGGGUGGUGAUGUUGGACUCUGACAAUCUCUUCCUCCAGAAAACCGACGAGCUCUUCCAAUGCGGCCAGUUCUGUGCUGUCUUCAUCAACCCCUGCAUCUUCCACACCGGCCUCUUCGUUCUCCAGCCUUCAAAGAGGGUAUUUGAUGACAUGAUUCAUGAGGUGAGAGUGGGGAGAGAGAAUCAAGAUGGAGCUGAUCAAGGCUUCAUUGGAAGCUAUUUCCCUGAUCUACUUAAUCAGCCAAUGUUCUAUCCACCCUCAAAUGGCUCCACUCUUGAUGGCAAUUAUAGACUCCCAUUGGGCUACCAAAUGGAUGCUUCUUACUAUUAUCUGAGACUCCGGUGGAGCAUCCCCUGCGGCCCAAACAGCGUAAUUACCUUCCCAGGCGCGCCAUGGCUCAAACCUUGGUACUGGUGGUCAUGGCCGGUCCUCCCUCUCGGCCUCCAAUGGCACCAACAACGC